AUGGAACCAUUUAAUUUGUUCCACUCAGCUGCCGUUGUCGCUGCAGAAGCCUAUUCUUCAUCAUUCUCAUAUCCAUUUCGUCAUUUCAUGUCUCAACAUCGUUAUGAUUGGCCAGCACAAUCUACAACGAAUGGUCCAUCACUAUCACUUUAUGGGAACAACACCAUGGAUGAUCAUCAUCAUCAACAUUCAUCACCAUCACUUACACCAUCAUUGUAUUCUAGCACCUAUAUGUCACCAUCAAAUCCUUAUUUACCUAGUACAAGUUUGGAAACAAUGCCAAAUGAUGUUGAAAAAUCAAGAUUAUACUACACCGAUAUAACAUCACGAUCAGAUGAUUCAAUCGAUGAUUAUGAUUAUACAGUAUCUGCGACCAGUGUAUUUUCAUUAAAAGAUCGUUGUCAAGUAUGUUCGGAUCGUAGUUCUGGCAUACAUUUUGGUGUAUCAACGUGUGAAGCAUGCAAAGCAUUUUUCCGUCGUGCAAAUAAUAAUUCAUUGCAUAAGCCAUGUGAACCAACAAAAUGUAUCAUAACACCACAAAAUCGAAACGAUUGUCCCGGUUGCCGAUAUGAUAAAUGUAAACGUGUCGGGAUGGCACGUGAAAAUGUUGUGUAUGGAAAACCAUCAAAACAAAAAUUAGAUGAAUUACAACAACAAACAUUAUUACGUUGUACAAAUGAACCAGGUGGUUAUCCAAAUUUUAAUGAUAGUUUAAAAAAACUGGCGGAUGAUUUAGCAUUAGAAUAUCGUCAAAUAGACGCCCUAUACCGUCGUGGUUAUGAACAACAACAAUUGUCAAUACAUGCCUUAAACUACGGUACAAGUGCAUAUAAAUUAUUCUAUACUCAACGAUCAGAAUUAAAUAUUGAUUUAUUAACCGAUAUUGUAUUAAAACUAUGUGAUCUUUUAUCAAAUUCCCACAAAAAUGGUAUUAUUACACAGUCAUGGUUUCUACAACAACCAAAUUUACGCUCAUUAUUAACAUUGUGGUUAUUUAUUUACUAUUAUGAAACAUUCGUAGUAAAACAAAAAUUAAAUCAAGAUAAAUUAAUGUUAUUAAUUCGUCUUUUAGAUCUUGAAUUGGAUAGACAAACAAUAUUUUUAACAACACCUGUCAAAGCGAUUCGAUGUGAUUUUAUCAAUACAUUUACAAAAUUUGCAGAUUUAGUACAAGAAAUCUAG